AUGGAGUGCCUCAGGUCUGGAGACCAAUCAAGAGCAGUGGAUGAAAUGGCACUUUCAUCUGAAUCUCUUGCAAUCGAAGAUAAUUCCAUGGGUGCAUAUUCUUCUAAAGAUGGCGAGCUGGACCAGAAGCCAGACCCGAGCAAUGUAGAAGAAGCUGAAUUAUCGCUUCGUGGGCGUGGUUCUUUGAACUAUGAGGAAGCCAGAGCAUUGUUAGGAAGAAUGGAAUAUCAAAAAGGGAACAUAGAAGCCGCUCUGCAUGUAUUUGAAGGAAUAGAUAUUGCUGCAGUAAUUCCCAGGAUGAAACUUACUCUGGGUAAAAGACGAGAACACCACAAGAGACACUCACGAAGUUUUGCUACCCCAACGAUGUCUAUGCAUGCUGUUAGUUUACUAAUGGAAGCAAUCUAUCUGAAAGCAAAAUCAUUGCAACAUCUUGGGAGGUUCAGAGAAGCUGCUCAAUCUUGCAAAGUUAUUCUGGACAUAGUUGAAUCUUCAUUCUCAGAAGGCUUCCCUGAAAACUUUGCCGCUGACUGUAAACUGCAGGAGACUCUAAACAAGGCUGUUGAGUUGCUUCCAGAACUUUGGAAACUUGCUGAUUUCCCACGUGAAGCAAUCAUGUCAUACCGGCGGGCUCUCCUCCAUCACUGGAACCUUGACGUAGAAACCACUGCAAGGAUUCAAAAAGAGUUUGCCGUUUUUCUUCUGUACAGCGGAGGUGAAGCAAGUCCCCCAAACCUCCGCUCUCAGCUGGACAGUUCAUUUGUACCUAAAAACAACAUAGAAGAGGCCAUACUUCUGUUAAUGAUACUGUUAAAAAAAUUUACUCUGAAAAAAAUUGAGUGGGAUCCAUCAAUCCUGGAUCACCUUUCAUUUGCUCUCUCAUUAUCUGGGGGUUUAAAGGCAUUAGCCAGCCAAGCUGAGGAGUUGCUUCCUGGGAUUAUUGAUCGCAGAGAGAGGUAUCAUUUUCUUGCUCUCUGCUAUUAUGGAGCCGGAGAGGAAUUGGUUGCCUUGAAUCUAUUAAGGAAAUUGUUGCAUAGUUAUGAGGAUCCAAAGCGUGUUCCAGCCUUAUUAAUGGCAUCAAAGAUUUGUGGGAAGACCCCUAAACAGGCAGAAGAAGGGAUAAAUUAUGCUCGCAGAGCUCUGCAAAACUUGGAAAAUGACUGCAAUCAGUUGGAAAGUAUCGCCAAUUGUUUGCUGGGUGUCUCACUUUCAACGCAUUCUCAAGUAGCUGUUGCUGAUUCUGAGAGGGUCACAAAACAAUCCGAGGCUCUUCAGGCCCUGGAAUCUGCAGGAAGAAUGACAAAGAUGCAAGACUCUAAUAUUCUUUACUGUCUCAGCCUAGAAAAUGCAGAGCAGAGGAAGUUGGACGUUGCACUUCGUUAUGCAAAGCACUUGUUAAAACUAGAAAGUGGUUCUAAUCUUAGAGGAUGGUUAUUGAUCGCUCGGAUCUUAUCAGCUCAGAGACGAUAUUUGGAUGCUGAAAUUAUUAUUAAUGCUGCCUUGGAUCAGACUGGAAAAUGGGACCAAGGAGAAUUGUUGAGAACUAAAGCUAAACUUCAAAUCGCUCAGGGUCAUUUAAAGAGUGGCAUUGAGUCAUACACCCAGCUUCUUGCUCUUCUUCAAAUUCAGAGUAAGAGCUUUGGAUCUGGGAGGAAGCUAUAUAAGGGCAACGGGAACCCUUCAAGUCAUCUGGAAUUGGAAGUUUGGCAUGAUCUGGCUUCUGUCUACACAAGGCUGUCCCAGUGGCGUGAUGCAGAGACUUGUCUUUCCAAAUCCAAGGCCAUCAGCUCUUACUCAGCUUCUAGAUUUCAUACAACUGGUGUACUUUACGACCAAAAGGGCCUCCACAAAGAAGCUCUGAGAGCCUUUGUGAGUGCUUUAGAUAUUGAUCCCACCCAUGUCCCAAGCUUGGUAUCCACAGCUGUGGUUCUUAGAAAGCUCGGUAUGCCAUCGAAUGCAGCCAGAUGCUUUCUAAUGGGCGCUCUGCGGUUUGACAGAAUGAACUCAUCGGCAUGGUACAAUCUUGGUUUGCUUUACAAAGCUGAGGGCACUGCCUCCUCCUCCCUAGAAGCUGCUGACUGUUUUGAGGCUGCAACUUUUCUUGAAGAGACAGCACCAGUUGAGCCUUUCAGAUGA